UCCAAACCGCACAAUGGAGCGAAAAAGGGGGAAAUCAAUCAGAGAGAUGUCGCAUCAACUCCCACACGAUCUUCAGAUUGAAAUCCUUGUAAGACUACCCGUGAAAUCACUUUUACGAUUCCAAUGUGUUUCCAAAUCGUUCAAGUCUUUAAUCAGUAGCGCUGGUUUUAUUUCCACGCACACCAACCACCAUGAGAGCACCAACAAUUAUGCUCACUUAAUUUCAGGGCGAUUUAAUCGGUCUGAAAAUGACGAGGAGAAAGAAGAGUUCAGAUGUUUUCAGUUCGAUGAUUCCUUCCGUGAGUUUCACAAACUUGAAUUCCCAUCCCAGUUCCAUAGUUAUAAAUGUUUUGACAGUUUUGUAAACGCUCUUGAGUGUAGGGGAUUGAUACUUUUCUUUUAUCCAUUCCUAUUGGAGGGUGAUUGUUUCGAAUGCUUGACUCUAUGGAACCCUGCUGUUAGAAUGAAUUUGACUCUCCCUACACCUUGCAAUGGUGUAAGGGUACCCGUCCGCGGCUACUCUGUUCAUGGGUUCGGUUUUGACCCUAACACUGAUGAUUACAAGGUGCUGAGAAUAAUGUAUGAAUAUGAUGAUAUAUUUUCACCUCGGGUGAAACUGUUUAAACUUUCUACAGGCGCUUGGGAGACUGUUAGGUUCUUGGACGACUUUCACUAUCUUAUAGCUACGUGGGAUUUUCAAGCUUUCGUCAAUGGGGCUAGCCAUUGGCUUGGACGUCAUUCAUCAAAAAAAGAAUUGGUGGUUGUGUUGUUUCAUAUGUUUGAUGAAGAAUUUCGAGUGAUGAAGCUUCCAGAUGUUCUAGCUACCAGAUAUGUUACAAGUUCUCUUGAGGUAUCUGGUGGAUUGCUCUCUUUGAUGUGCUAUGGCGAUGUGAGACCUGGAAAUGAGAGUUGUUGCAUUUGGUUGAUGAAAGAUUAUGGCGUAAUAGAGUCUUGGACUAAACAAUAUAUCCUUGAUUUAAGGGAUUGCGGAGGGCUGGCCUGUUUUAUGAAUAUUCAUCCUAGAGAUAGUGAAGAGCUAUUCAUGUAUGAUCUCAAGACCAAUAGAAUCAUUAAUCAUGGAAUUAGAAAUAUGUAUCGUCUUAGUAUGAAUGCAUACAUAGAAAGUCUAGUUUUACUCAAUCAAGUAAAUGCUAUGCCAGAUCAGUACGAGACUUUUUGAAGUGAAAGGAUCGAUGUGGUUCACCAAAUGGCUGGAGAAAGGCUUAGGUAAGCACAAUAAAAUAUGAAGGAAAUGUUUGACAAUUGGCACCUCUUAGAACCCCUAUAUAUGGUAAAUCUUUUAUUAUGAACUCUGAGUUGGGUGAGAAUGAUCAAAUGGCCGUUCUUGUAGAGAAUGA